AUGCCUUUGACCGAAGCACUGCAACAAGUUCCUGCUUAUGCGAAGCACAUGAAGCAAUUCCUCGAAAAGAAGAAGUAUCUAGAUGAGGAAACAAUUGAAGUGCAGGGGAAGGCUCUAGUUGACUUAGGAGCUAGUAUCAAUCUUAUGCCCUUAUCUAUGCUUAAGAAGAUUGGUGGUCUGGAGGUCAAACCUACAAAAGCAAUCUUGCAAAUGGCAGACAGGUCCAUCAAGCAUCUGUAUGGUGUGAUAGAAGACGUGGUGGUGAGAAUUGAUAAACUCAAAUUUCCAGUGGACUUUGUAGUGAUGGAGAUGGAGGAAAAUGAAGAGAUACCGAUCAUUCUUGGACGACCAUUCAUGAAGACAACCAAGGUUGUCAUUCAUGUAGAUGAUGGAUUGCUAACAUUGAAGGAUCAAGAAAGAGAGGUAACUUUUAAUGUCUUUGAAGAUGGACAGCCAAUUCAAGAGAAGCAGAUUAGUCUUAAAACUUCAGAUGAAGUUUUAUCAGUGACUAGUCUACCAUAUAAAGCUGUCAAGAGAGUGAAGUUGGUGGCCAGGAAAUUGCUAAGAUUUUGUCGGUGUUAUGAAGGAAGGAAGAGCAUCAACAUUAAAGAUCUAGAUUGA